AUGAGUUCAGUUGUCCAGAAGCUCGAGAAUGUAGCUGUUUCAGACCCGCAGUACGGAAAUACUACUUCUUCAUCAUCGGAGAUUGUAUCUCAAGAACCCACAGUUGAUCCGGCUCCGGCAGCUUCGCUUGACGUACUAGUGAAUCCGCUUCCUCCUCCGCCGCCGCCGCCAGCCAGUUUCGCCCCGAUGGCGUAUAAUCCUGCCGCACCGGCAGCACCAGAGACGAUAAGACAUCGUGAAAAAACACCACCACCUGAUGAAGAUCCGUUGAACCCAUUGGCAGUGGCCGUUGCUCACGAUUAUCAAAAACAACCGUUCACGCCAGGGUUUCCUCCGCAGCCACAACUUUCACUCGGAAUGGCCAGUCCUGGGCUGCCGCCAAAUAUCAGCAACACUUCUAGUUUGCCACUUCAAUUUGCCGGGCCUCCUAAUCAACCAGGUACACAAAGAGCCGCAACAAUGCCUGCAAAUUCAGGAUCGGCCUUUUCAGGACCCCCAGGGUCUCCGGGCUUUAUACCACCGCCACCUCCUCCCCAACCGUCGACCCAAAUCCCUGGGCACGGCACUGUCGCUCCUCCCGGAGGUUUCUCUAACUAUACAUACAGCCAUCAGAGUACCUUGCGGCAAGAUGGUCAGGAUUAUUCCAUACAUCAACAACUAUAUCGGCCAACCGAGAUCGAAUUUGGCAUGAACAAGCCACAUCAAUAUCAACCUAAAACAGAAACACGAGGAAGGCUAGAAGAGAAUGCGGGACGCCUAGAGAGAGGCGUUUCUGGCAUGCUGAAGAAGUUUGAGAAGAAGUUUGGCUAG